CGACUGCAACCGAACUGUGCAAUCUCUCGUUAUGGACGAUUCCUCGCCUGUUGUCGUCGCCCGCGAUCUGCGGCUGGAGCAGGCCUUUUACGGCACCAUCAUCCACUCAGUGUCGCCCACCGAGGUGCGCGUGUUCGAAAAAGGCCUUGUUAUGGUAGGACCGGACGGUAAGAUAGCACUGUUCCGCGAGCAUGUCGAAAAGUCGCAAGUCGCCGGAAUCCUUGCCGAGUUUUCCACAGGCGCUGGAUCUCUCCGAAUCCGCCGCUUGGAGCGCGGCCAAUUCCUCAUCCCAGGAUUCAUUGAUACGCACAACCACGCCCCGCAAUGGACGCAGCGCGGUACAGGCGGCGGCAAGAUGCUGCUGGACUGGCUUGAUGAAAUUACCUUCCCCCACGAAGCCAGGUUCAAGGACCCGGAGUACGCAAGGAAGGCCUACUCAUCCUGCGUUGACGGCAUCUUGAAACAAGGCACUACUACCGCCUCUUACUAUGGAAGCAUUCACGGCGAAGCCACCAAGAUUCUCGCCGACAUUUGCUUCGAAAAGGGCCAGAGGGCGUUGGUUGGGAAGUGCAACAUGGACCAGAACUCGCCCGACUUUUACCAGGAGGCCGGCGCUAAGGAUUCUCUGGAUGCCACCGAGGACUUUAUCUCCCACGUGCGAAAGCUCGAUCCAGCCGGCCGGUCCGUGAAGCCCAUCAUCACCCCUCGCUUCGCCAUCAACUGCGAUAGGGAUCUCCUCACGGGCCUAGGAAAGAUCGCAGCAGCCAAUCCGGAUCUGCCCAUUCAAACGCACUUUGACGAGGCGGAAGAUGCGAUUCAGUUCACCCGGGAGCUGUUUCACGAGUUUAGCAACGAGGCGGACUUGUAUGAGAAGUUUGGUUUGCUGAACGAGAGAUCCAUCCUCGCGCACUGCAUCUACCUUGAAGACUACGAAUUGCAGCGCAUUCAGGAGUUGAAGUGCGGCGUCGCUCACUGUCCGGUUUCCAACACGAUGAUCGGCGGCUUCCUAGCAGCGCCGAUUCGCGAGUACCUGCGCCGGGGCAUCAAGGUUGGACUGGGUACAGACAGUGGCGGUGGCUCCUCAUCGUCUAUAAUCGAUGUCAUAAGGCAAGCGUCAGUCGUUUCGAGAGCGCGCGAGGUGGCCACAGACGGAGCGGACCCCGCACUGACACUCAACGAGCUGUUCUAUCUUGCGACUAUGGGCGGCGCGCAGGUGUGCGGGCUCGCAGACAAGGUGGGCAGCUUCGAGGAGGGUAAGGAAUUUGACGCGCUGGAGAUUCACACAUUGGGGCCCGAUGCGGGGAUUAUCGCAGACGUAGAGGAGGAUGAUUCGGCCGAAUACAUCCUAGAGAAGUUCUUGAUGACGGGCGACGACCGUAAUAUCAAGAAGGUUUAUGUGCGGGGCCGGACGGUAAAGUCAUAAGAGUUAUGUAAUUAGGUAUGUACUACAGUCAAACAGGUUACGACUUCCGACCGUU